AACCCUGUCCUGUGUUUUUAUUUUCAUGGCAAAACAAAAAUCCACCCCUAUAUCCUUUCACUCAGCAUUAACUGAGUGACUGACUGGUGGGUUGGUUAGUUGGCUGUUUGACUCUUACUUUCGCCAUUCGGUGCGGUGCGUGUGUAAAUGUUCUUCUGUAUGUUGUGCUGUUAUACUCCGCUCCUACAAUUUUCACAAAUAAUGGCAAUUGUCCCAAAGGCGUCGUCAUUGAAGUUUUGCUAGAAAAAGUCCCAAAAAACGACGUAGAAAUAAAAUUAAAAAAUUAAAUUUCUCGGGGAAAAAUGAUUUUCAUUAAAUCGACGAUGGAAUUGUUUAAAAUCUAUUCGCAAAAGUGAUAAAAACUUUGAGAAAUUUGCAAGUGAAUACAACUUGUAGUGGAGAAGCAGCGGUUUGUUGUUUGUGUGAAAAUUCGAGAAUCAAAACAAAAUGAGAGUUGGGGGUACAAGACAGCAGCAGCAGCGGUUUUGUUGCCGUCAGACAAGAUUUCAGGGAAAUUUGUGGUUUCAACGGAAUCUGCUUUCUUCGAAAUUCGUUUUCCUAACGUUUGCCAUCCUAGGGGGAAUUUUGCAGCUAUCCACGGCCAUACCAUAUCAUGCAGAGCAAAAGGUGUCCAACACCGUAGCCGUCCAUCAACACAAUCACAACAGCAACCGUCCAAUUAGACAACAAAGAGAGGCAAGACACGAUGAGGAAAAAGGCUACUGUGCUCCUUACAAUGGUAAGAUAUGUAAAAACUUCAUCAACACCCAGGUGUGGUAUAGUCUAGAGGACCCUUCGGGUGGCUGGAAAAAUGAACAAGUAGCCACCGCUUUGUGGGAGGAACUUAUCAUUGAUUUAACUGGUGUCUGUCGCACAGCUGCUGAGAAAUUGUUGUGUGCCUAUGCCUUUCCCCGUUGCCUAUAUGAAAACGAGAAAACAAUUAAAUUGCCCUUGUGUUAUGAGGACUGUAUGGCCACACAUUUGCAAUACUGCUACAAUGAUUGGGUCCUCAUCGAGGAGAAAAAGGAACGUAAUAUCUUCAUCAAAACCAGGGGACAUUUUCGCCUGCCCAACUGUUCCGUAUUGCCAAAAUAUAAUAGCACUGCCAAAAAACCCACCUGCACCUAUGUUGGUCUUACCGAAAUCGAUGAACAACAGGCUACAUAUGAUUGUCGUAAUGGCAAUGGCCGUUACUAUUUGGGUACAAUGAAUGUCACCAAGUCCGGUAUACCCUGCCAACGUUGGGACACCCAACAUCCGCACAAACAUAUCCAACCGCCUUUGGUGUUUCCUCAAAUUCAGGACGGGGAGAAUUAUUGCCGAAAUGCUGGCGGAGAGGAACCUUAUCCCUGGUGUUAUACCAUUGAUGAAUCUGUGCGUUGGCAACAUUGUGACAUACCUUUGUGUCCCGACUAUGUCGACCCCACGCUCAGCAAAGAUUUAGAACCCAUGAAAAUGGAAACAUUUUUCACUCCAUACGUCAUCUUUGUUGUUUCCGCCUUCGGUUUUGUGGCCAUUGUUUGUCUACACCUCAUCGUGUUGCUGCUCUACAAAAUACUCAAACACAAGGAAUUGCAAACACAACAAAUGCAACAACAAAAUGCUGCCAAUCAAAAUCCCUCCAAUGAUUGUAAUCGUACUGCCAAUGAAAAUAUAACGUCCAGUCGUGAAACUGUUUCGAAUUUGAAUAAAUUCGGUACGAUCAAAAGUGUGGGAGCCCUACAUAAUAGUAUUAUUGUUGAACCGCCACCAAAGCCAAAGCUAAAUACCAAAUUGGAGAAAUUGGAAUAUCCACGUUCAGAGGUCGUGUAUGUGCGUUCCUUGGGUCAGGGGGCAUUUGGCAGGGUGUUUCAGGCCAAAGCCCCAGGUUUAGUGCCGGGCGAAGAUGAUCUCAUGGUUGCCGUAAAAAUGCUCAAAGACGAUGCCAGCGAUCAAAUGCAAAUGGAUUUCGAGCGAGAAGCCUGCCUCUUGGCGGAAUUUGAUCAUCCCAAUAUUGUCAAGCUAUUGGGAGUGUGUGCUUUGGGGCGACCCAUGUGUCUGCUUUUUGAAUUCAUGUCACCCGGUGAUCUAAGUGAAUAUCUGCGCUCCUGUUCCCCCUAUGCCACACAUCAGAUUCACCAUCGUGACCCCUUGCAUGAGGGUCAUCUUCUGCAAAUCGCCGCUCAAGUGGCUGCCGGUAUGUUGUAUUUAUCGGAACGUAAAUUUGUACAUCGUGACUUGGCCACCCGGAAUUGUUUGAUCAAUGAACAGAUGGUGGUGAAAAUCGCCGACUUUGGUCUGUCGCAUAAAAUCUAUUUGCAAGACUACUAUAAGGGUGAUGAAAAUGAUGUUAUACCCAUACGUUGGAUGCCGCUGGAAUGUAUUUUGUAUAAUAAAUUUUCAAUCGAAUCGGAUGUGUGGGCCUAUGGCGUGUGUCUGUGGGAGAUCUUUUCAUUUGCAUUGCAACCCUAUUUUGGUAUGACCCAUGCGGAGGUGAUUAAGUACAUAAAGGAUGGUAAUGUUCUGGCCUGUCCGGAUAAUACACCGAUGUCAGUGUAUGCCCUAAUGCGUCGCUGUUGGAAUCGUAAGCCCAGCGAUCGACCCAGUUUCAGUGAAAUUAAUCAUUGUAUACAACAUAGUAUAGCUGAAUAUGAAUAUAAAACUACAUUAGCUAUGGGAAAUUGAAAUGGUUAUAACUACAAGUAACACAAACACACACAAGUACACUAACACACACAAACAUAAAGUAUGUUUAUAUUGGAUUAUUUUUUGUGGCUAGGCUACCACCAUGGCAAGGGAUAUCAAAUCAAUGUUUAUAAUGUAUCUAAGUUAGAUAAAUAAGGUAAAUGAUUUAUCUAGAUAAAUUAUUUAGGAUAUCUAG